CAAGCUUUCUGCUCCAAUCACUUUCUCUCAUGAAACCCAACCAGGAAUUCUUCUUCCAAUCAUCCCCCGACAAUGUCUCUUUGAUGGAUUCAAAUAAUCCCCCUUCUGUCCACCGACCACUCACCGCAGAAGAAGAGAACGCCGCCAUCGUCGCCGCCCUCACCCACGUCAUCUCCGGCCACCCUGACAACACCGUUCCCUUGUCCCUCUCCCAUAUCUCCAUUCCAGUAAAAUUGCCGGCCACCACCGUAGUGGCAGCGAGGGAGGAACAGGGGAAAGGCGGGCCGAGCCGGCGGAAGAAGGGUAACAAUUACCGCGGGGUUCGGAGGCGGCCAUGGGGUAAAUGGGCGGCAGAGAUUCGAGAUCCUCGGCGAGCCGUUCGGAAGUGGCUGGGUACUUUUAACACCGCCGAAGAGGCUGCUCGAGCAUAUGAUAACGCCGCUAUUGAGUUCAGGGGCCGGCGGGCAAAGCUGAAUUUUCCUUUUACUGACUGGGACACAUCGAGUUCUAGUGGCCGGCGAGAGACAGGGAUGACUUCACCGACGGCGGUGUCACAGAACGAGGAGAUUGGGGGAUUAUGGGAAGGGUUGCAGGACCUGAUUGAGCUUGAUGGAGAGGUGUCCACUGAUCGCUGUGGACUUGUUUGAAUUUUCUUUGUUUGUUGUUCUUUGGUGUCAUGGUGUGGGUUUAUUGAUGGAUAUUCAAUCAAUAGCUUCAUCGCCAUCAAAUUUUAGAGAUAUAACCACCGUUGCUAAGUUUGGUUGGUGGGCGACUACAGUUGGGAACCCUCAACCCGUGCUCGUAUCCUCUCGUGCGCAGCGCCUUUUAAGUGGGGCUCAAUCAAAUGUCGGUUAUGAGAUUUCUGGGAUGGGUGCCUCUUCUAGGCCAGCCGAUGAUUAGUCACGCUUCCAAGGGCUAUUCCGAGGGUGACAGCGGGUGGACAUCCCGUUCUCAAAAAAAAAAUGGAGAUAUACUAUCAUCAAGAGUUGCGUAUGAUCAGCUUAGAACGGGGAAUUGUUGUUAUUGGACAUCUUUUUUAGUCCAAAAUUAUUUUGUAUUUCUCCGACAAGAUGGAGAUUAGC